CCCUCUCACUCACACUCUCUGCUGCAGUGUCGCUGUGUGGGAGACCAAGAUCGACGUUCCCGGGAGGAGAUGGAGCGUCUCGGCUGGCGCCUCGUGGCGGUCGCCGCCUGCUGCUGCCUCCUGCCACCAGGUGUCAGUGCGGAGUCGCGCUCCUACCAAGAGGCAUUUAAUGAAAUCCUGAGACUCUCACAGCUGGGGCUGGAGGAGGACCUGGUUCCUGACCCCAGAGAUGAGUCGCCCAAGAACGUGUUCCCGUGUCGAGCGCUGGCGCCCUCCGCUUCCCGUCCCACAUCAGUUCACAGCCUCAGGCCGUCCGACAUUAAAGUCGUCGCAGCUCUGGGCGACUCUCUCACGGCGGGGUUUGGGAUGCAGGGCACGGGGGUGCUGACUCUGCUGAAGGAGCACAGGGAGCGUGCGUUCAGCAUCGGCGGAUGGGAGACCUUUGAGACGGCCAUCACCCUUCCGAAUAUUGUGCGUGCUGUGGGUGCGGCGGCCCUAGUGGGGCCCUCCCAGAACAGCACCAAGUGGCGCGACAACCCCAUUGACAGAGACGCCGCCGGAUUCAACGUCGCCGUGACCGGCAGCACGGCGCAAGACCUCCUUCCCCAGGCGAUGCUGCUCACGGAUCUCCUGCGGAACGACACGCGAGUUGAUUUUCAGAAUGACUGGAAGCUGCUCACGCUCUUCAUCGGUGGCAACGAUCUGUGUGACUCCUGCAAGGGGGGUCACUCACAGGAGGACUACGUGGGCAACAUUACCGCCACCAUCGACUACAUCAAGCAGCACGUCCCCCGAGUGUUCAUGAACCUGGUGCAGGUGAUGCGAGUGUUGCCCCUACGCAACGUCAGCAAGCCCGGCCUGCUGUGCAAUCUCAACAAGAUCUUCUGUUCCUGCGUGGUGAGACCGUCAAGCCCCGCGGCGCUGGAGGUGCUAGAACAGCUGAACAAGGAUUACCAGAGGGGGCUCGAGACGCUGCUGGCCUCGGGGCGAUAUGACCACAACGACUCCUUCACCGUCGCCCUGCAGCCCUGCAUCCGGGACACCCUGCCACCCACCCUGCCGGACGGCGAGGUCGACGGCAGCUUCUUUGCGCUCGACUGCUUCCACUUCGCCACAAAGGGCCACGAGUCGUUCACCAGCGCGCUGUGGAACAACAUGAUGGAGCCAGAAGGAGCCAAAACGGUGCUGGCACAACUCACGCACCCCCCUCCUCAAAUCGUGUGCCCCAGCGAGGAGUACCCCUACCUCUACACUCGCCAAAACAGCGGCACGGCAGCAGCCGCGUCAACCACGACCAAGGGUUCCACCGCCUCCCUUGACACGGCGAAAUCAACCGCGUCAACCACCACCAAGGGUUCCACCGCCUCCCUUGGCACGGCGAAAUCAACCGCGUCAACCACCACCAAGGGUUCCACCGCCUCCCUUGGCACGGCGAAAUCAACCGCGUCAACCACCACCAAGGGUUCCACCACCUCCCUUGGCACGGCGAAAUCAACCGCGUCAACCACCACCAAGGGUUCCACCGCCUCCCUUGGCACGGCGAAAUCAACCGCGUCAACCACCGCCCGGGCCACCACCAAGGGUUCCGCCGCCUCCCUUCACUCCACGGGUCUCUCUGCCGCCUCUCUGAUGCUUCUCCCGCUCGUCGGCUUGCUGCGUUGGUAAAGUCGCGGCGUUCAGAGAGAGAAAGGUUGCAUCCACCGCUUCAGUCCACUCACCAGGCUGAGACGACACAGAAAAGAAAAUAACCCUGCUCACAUUAGAAGAGUAUUCGUGUGUAUUUUGGUUAAGACAUAUAUUUGUUUCAUUCCUAUUGUGAACAUUAAAAUGUUUGCUCGAUUGACGCGUAGCAUUCUCGGCUUGGCGCACGGAGAGAGAGAUUGGGAGCGCUUUCCUCCUCGUUGCAUUCGCAUCGGAGUGGUUCGCCGUUCACUGCGCAGCCCGGUCACGGAAUAAAAUGGAAUGGGGACGCCA